AUGCAUAAUCGGAGUUUAUCUUCAAAUGGCUCAUUUACAAAAUUCAAUACUCAUAAUAUAGGUAAAUCGGUCUUGUGGGACUCCUCCAACAAGUUGAACCACAAUUUGAACUUGCCCAACUUCAGUAUCGGCAAUGAAGUGGUGUCUACGCCUUUGGUUAUGCCUACGUCAAAUCAAUCCACUUUUGAUCCUGCUGCUUCGACUCCAUCUUCCCAGCUCUCCUCCUUUCAAAAAUUAUCAUUAGACACUACCAUCACUCUUAACAACAACAACCACCACCACCACAACCAACACAACCAACACAACCAACACAACCACAACAAUAACAAUAAUUUUCAUGAUUUAAACUCGAACACCACCAACACCAACGCUAAUGGCGGUCUCGGUCUCGGUGGUUACAAAUGUGACAUCAAUGGUGACAACAAGGAAAACAUCUUGAAGAAACACGACAACGAGUCGGAUGCUGCUGUCAAUGGAAGUGGGUUUCUUUACGGAGUCUUGAGUGAAGCCAACUCGACCUCGUCGGCCUCGACACCACCGUCAACCAAUUACCCAAACAUGGUGCCAGCCGCAGGAGGGUUCCCACAAAAGAUUGACAAGGACUAUUUGGCUUCAAUUGGCAAGGUCCCCUUGGCCCAGCUCAAGCCGGAGAUUCUCAAGCUUGCCAAGGACCAGCACGGUUGCCGAUUUUUGCAAAAAAAGAUUGACGAGAACUUGAUUCUCAACUGCCAAACAAGAAUCAACAACUUUGAAGUCAUCUUUGACCAGAUAUACCCCUAUAUGCAUGAGCUCAUCAUCGACCCCUUUGGAAACUACUUGGUGCAAAAAAUGAUUGUUUACUGCAGCCAGGCAAACUUGAAUUUGGUGUUGGAAAUCCUACAAUACAACCUCUACCAGAUAUCCAUCAACCAACACGGAACCCGUGCAUUGCAAAAGAUUAUCGACAACUUGAACUCUGCUUCCCAGCUCAGCUUAUUGAUCCAAGGUCUCAAGCCGCACAUUAUCGACUUGAUCAAGGACUUGAAUGGAAAUCACGUGAUCCAGAAAAUCUUGAACAAGUACCAACCAACAGAUUGCCAGUUUAUCUAUGAGUCUAUCAUUGAAACCUUGUACACGGUUGCUACACAUAAGCAUGGCUGCUGCGUCUUGCAAAAAUGCUUGAACCACGUGACACCCGUGCAAUUGGGCCAAUUCUCCGAGGCCAUUCUUUGCUUUGACAACUUUAGAUUGUUGAUCAAUGACCAAUUUGGCAACUAUGUCUUGCAGUAUUUGAUCUCAAUCAACUCCUUGGAGGUCAAUUACCACGUUUUCCAGAAUUUCGUCAAGUACGGCAUCACCAAUCUCUGCAACUCCAAAUUCAGCUCCAAUGUCGUUGAGAGGUAUUUGAAAAACUGCUUCAACAACGAAGUGGUGAAUAUUGCAUUUGCCGAGUUGAAGUUGGAGUUGAUCCACAAGGUGUUGACCAACGAAUUGAACAUGCUCAUCAACGACCCUUAUGGUAAUUACGUCAUUCAAACAUUGAUUGACAUAUUGAUCAACACGCAAGUCUCGUACCAAAACGUUGAAAAAUUGUCCUUGUUAUUGCCCAGCAUGAGCCAUCAAGAAAAUCUCCCGGGCCUCCAAGGGCUCCAGGGCCAAUCGUUACAGGUGGUUAUCAUAAAAUACUGGUUCCAAAACUGUAAAAUCGUUUCUUCUUUUGGAAAACGAAUCCAAUCAAAGAUCAACACCAUUUUGAACAACAACAAUGUCGCCUUUAUUGCCUCGGCGCUGAGCAAGGAUCCAAGAAGAUCCAGCCAAAUGAAUGCCAACGGCGAAUUUGUCAUCAACGAUGGCCAAGGCCAAUAUUGCAAGCAACUAGGCCCAAGCUCUCGUCAGAACCAAAGCUUCACCCAGUCAAACAUGAAAUCAUCAAACAAGACGACUGCAGCAGCCCAAAAAUCCUCCGCCGCGCCACCGUUACAGUCGAUCCCCUUCCGCAACAGCCUUGCGCAAUUUGACAAUCGCAACGGCAGAAACGUUGUGGAAUUCAACUACCCUUAUAAGAGCGUUCUGACAAGAACUCAUUCAGUAGCAGGUACCUAUUACGCCGAGAACCCUAGAGUCACGAACAACAACUAUAAUGUCAACUCCCCCACUGCAUUCAAUAAUGACCAUCACCAUAAUACUAAUAAUAUCAAUAAUAAUCAUAAUAAUAAUAAUACUAUUAACAAUAACAAUAACAACAACAACAGCAAUUCUUCUUCUAUAUACAUGACCAAUGUCUUGACAUUGGGACACAAGAAUUCCACUUCAUCAACGCAUUCCUCGGGCUCAACCACCAGUUUCAGCAAUGAGGCAUUACCACAAGCGCCCAAUCUUGUCCCCAACGAAGACCCUUCCGGUAUGGGCGACUACUCCAUCCAACGAGGCGCUGCUUUGAAACAGCCAGUUCCAUUUGAUCAACAAAUGAACCCCGGAAACGUGGACCCUGAGUACGCGCACCCACAAGCUUAUAAUGCCCCAUACUACCCAGCCAAUGUCGCUCCCCAUCAUCAUCACCAUCAUCAUCAUCAUCUGCAUCAUUCUUCCGUGUCGUCCAUUUCUCAAUCUCACACCCCUCAGCAACAAUUGAUGGCCAGUUACCCCAUGGGAGACGCUCGCAAAGAGCAAUUCCCGCCAGUUUUUGGCAAUGGAUUCAGCGAAUGGCCGAUGCAACUGCAACCACCCCCAAUGCCAACCACCAUCCAGGGACACCCUGGUGCACCAACGGCCAAUCGCAAUUUCAUUCACCACUCGCACAAUUCCUCCUGGUCUCCAGCUACAGCCUCGGCUCAAUCGGGUCCAGCAUUCUCCGUGCAAAACUGGUGA